GCUCUUAUACACACCAGCAGCAAAAGCAGCCUCCUUCAACCCACACACACACACCCACCCACACACACAGACAAGGCAUCCUGCACUUUCACAUCCAUUUGAUUACCAACUCGGCAGCAGCGAUUACAGAAAACAUAAAUAAAUAACAAGGGUUUGUUUUGACUACUGGGAGCCGCGCAGUGUUCGAUUUCAACCUCUGCUAAUGUUGCAACGGACUUUUUAUUAUUAAAUACAACUCCAAAUUGAAGGACUUACUUUUUAAACCAGAGCACUUUAGGAGCUGAUGAUACAGAUUAAGGGAUUUGCAAUACUCGUGCUGUAAGCACAAGUAAUCUUCUAUCUGCUGUUAACGCUUUUGUUAUUUUUUUAAUAUAAAGUAGUUUAUUUUUCUCUAAAAUUGGCUCCCAUACAAACAGCCGCGUUGGAUCCGUCGGCUUACUGCGAGACUCCGGUGUACAAUCCGGAUCUCUGCCCAAAUAUGAUCGCAGCGCAGGCCAAGCUUGUGUACCACCUGAACAAAUACUACAACGAAAAAUGUCAGUCCCGAAAAGGUGCUAUCUCCAAGAACAUCAGAGAGGUGUGCAAGGUGGUGUCAGACGUCCUAAAGGAAGUCGAGGUUCAGGAACCACGGUUCAUCAGCUCACUGAACGAGAUGGAAAACCGCUUCGAGGGUCUGGAGGUCAUUUCUCCCUCCGAAUUUGAGGUAGUCCUCUACCUUAACCAGAUGGGUGUUUUCAACUUUGUGGAUGACGGUUCAUUACCAGGAUGCGCAGUUUUAAAACUCAGCGAUGGCCGAAAAAGAAGCAUGUCCCUUUGGGUCGAGUUCAUCACCGCUUCUGGCUACCUUUCUGCCCGCAAGAUCAGGUCCCGAUUUCAAACCUUAGUGGCACAGGCUGUAGAUAAGUGCAGCUACAGGGACGUGGUAAAGAUGGUUGCAGACACCAGCGAAGUCAGAUUACGCAUCAGAGACAGAUAUGUGGUUCAGAUCACCCCGGCUUUCAAGUGCACGGGGAUAUGGCCAAGGAGCGCUGCCCACUGGCCACUACCCCACAUUCCGUGGCCGGGACCCAAUAGAGUGGCAGAGGUAAAGGCUGAAGGGUUUAACCUCUUGUCUAAAGAAUGUUACUCUUUAAAUGGGAAACAGAGCUCGGCAGAGAGCGAUGCCUGGGUCUUACAAUUCGCAGAAGCCGAGAAUCGGCUCCUCAUGGGCGGCUGCAGGAAGAAAUGCCUGUCCGUUCUAAAGACUUUGCGCGACCGUCACCUUGAACUGCCUGGACAGCCACUUAAUAAUUAUCACAUGAAAACUUUGGUCUCGUAUGAGUGUGAAAAACAUCCCAGGGAAUCGGAUUGGGACGAGUCCUGCCUUGGGGAUCGUCUGAACGGCAUUUUAUUGCAGCUAAUCUCCUGUCUCCAGUGCAGGAGAUGCCCGCAUUAUUUUUUGCCCAGUUUAGACCUGUUUCAGGGAAAACCACAUUCAGGCCUGGAAAAUGCGGCCAAACAGACUUGGCGAUUGGCAAGAGAAAUUCUUACCAACCCCAAAAGCUUGGAAAAACUUUGAGGACAAAAAUACGAAGAGAUCUAACUCGUGAUGCUUGUUUGAAGGCCUAUAUUAAGUUUGCUAAUCCAGGACUCCUCGGACAAAAUUAGUUUCUGCAUUCUGUUUUUAUUAGUGAUACAAUAAACACUGCUUCAGACUGAUCCGUGAAUAUAUAUAUUUUUACAUUUUUAAGCUAUCGUCAAUUACGUGCUUUGAACAAGUCUAAAUAUGCUUAUUAUUGAUGUUGAAAAAAAAUAAA